ACUACGGUCCCACUGUCGCGUUCACCGUCUCUGUCAUCGUUUGAGAAGGUUCCGCGACCAGGGCACUACCGCACGGUGCGACAGCGUCCCGACAAUACGAGCGUGCCCGUCCGAUCUUUACGCGACAUGUCAAGUCAAAUAUGUCUAAAGUGGAACAGUUUUCUCAGCAAUAUCGCCACCAGCUUCGAGAGCCUGUGGGAGGAAGAGGGUCUGGUGGACGUGACUCUCGCGAGUGACGGACAGUGCCUCACUGCGCACAAGGUGAUACUCUCGGCCAGCAGUCCCUUCUUCAAGAAGGUCUUCCAGACAAACCCAUGCCAACAUCCAGUUAUAAUACUUCAGGAUGUACACUUUAGUGAAUUGGAGGCAUUAUUAAUAUUUAUAUAUAAAGGAGAGGUAAAUAUUGAACAAAAGAAUUUACCAGCACUCUUGAAAGCAGCAGAGACAUUACAAAUUCGCGGCUUAUCUGGUGGAGAUAUCUUUGCAAAGGAGUCUUACAAACGACUAGCUGAGUUAGAACAGGCUGUGGCUGAAGAUGUGCCGCUGAAUAAAGAAGAGGCACCUAAAAAGAAACAAAAAGUUAGCAAACAACAAAAUAAUUCUAUCUUGGAAAAAGCAUUAACACCUAAAAUAUCACAAUCGGAAAAUACAAAUGAAUCUGCUGCUAGUGAUCAAAGUGGGAAAGACGGAGAGUACAUGUUGCCAGAAACGUUACCUAAUCCAGUAUAUCAUCGAUUGGAGAUGAAAAUAGAACCAUUGGAAAUGGCAGUAGACGAUCUCCAGAAAAGAUCUCCGUUAGAUAAGGAUCCAGAGGAAAGGCUAGAUACAGGACAAGCAGAUGGGAAUCAAGGGUCUGGGAACAGUCCUGCUGAAGACAUUUCCGGUUUAUCUGGCUUGUCCGGGCUAAGUGGAUUCUCGGAUGUCAAACCGCUGCUUUACUCGUAUCAGCAUCUACCUUACGCCGAUCUUCUACCAAGUCCGGACAUAAUCUCAACCUGGGCGUCAUCCCGACCGAUGGAUCAUUUGGCCUGCGACCUCAUGAAAAUCCUCUUUACGCCGGAAGAGAGGAUUCUCUGCAAUGUUAAUGGCAAGAUGGGCAAGCAACAGUUCGAUAGUAACAAGAUACAUUUAAUUCGGGAGGUCCUGUUGCACUUUAGUGGCAUAGCGCCUAACAGCAUCGAGUGGGAGGAGGCUUGGAAGAAUUGCGUAACCAAAAUCGACACUAGUAAUAGAGGCUUGAAAAGACUGAAAUUCUUUACAGGAUCGUCGAAGCCGAUUGUGACAGUAAUAGCCGAAGCUCGUCAUACUUUCCCAGAUCCAGAAACGUACAGGAGAGAUUCUCUCGCAGUUGAACGAAGCUCGUUGUGGAAUGUCUCAAAAAUAUUGAAGGGACCAUUAUCUGAUUUACCGAAUUAUUCUCGUGCUGAACAAUCAUUAGAUCAACCGGAAUCUUCGAAUUUUUUGAGACACAAUUCUGGAGUUCUGCAACCUAGUUUUCCUGCGUUUGUCGAAUCCUAUAGUACAGAUACACCGGAAGAAAUUUUAAAAGGUGGACCAGCAUAUCCACCGUUUCCUUGUCCUUUCUGUGAUAGGGCAUAUACGAGUUGGGGCUUCCGCAGAAGGCACAUAAAAGCUGUGCACACUAUUUCUCCAUCUCUUACUUGCAAAUGGUGUUCACAAAUUCUCCCUACGCACGCUGCUUGGAGACGGCAUGUGAUAUCAGCGCAUAAUUUAUCAGCCAGUGACGCACAUAAUGGUCUCUUAAUUUUGGAAGAAGCACAUAUGGUCCUGCAAAUAGCGCGUCCUACCAAAUUGGAUACAUUGGUUAAUAUUAUUAAGCAAAGUUCGCAACAAAACUGUGGUCAUGAUAGCACUCAGUCUGAUAAAGAUUAA